CUCGUAGCGUGCCCGGUAUCAUUGAAACACGGACGGUUGUUGAAUUCGAUGAUCCCGUUAUAUAAGGAAGACCGCACGACGAUAUCUCCUACGCGGAAACGAUCAUCGAUAGCGACCUCCUUCCGAAGCCACAUCCCUCCUUCCCGCUAGUCGGUGGCUCCGAUCGGAUCCCGUCGAUCCCUUGGCAGAGCAUCGAUCCAUCUUCGGAUCUCUCGUGUUGCCUGCCCACACACGGCUCUCGAUCGCCCCCUGAAACCCUCCUGUUAGGGUUUGCGGGGUUUUGGGUGGAAGAGAGUAGGCGGCGGAGGAAGGAUCUCAAGUUGUUGAGCUAGCAUGAGCCUCGGAGUGGGAGGUGGAACUGCGAGGGAUGGGACAUAGCUCGAAGAAGAAGAAACGGAACGGGGGUGGCCGGACCAGGGGCCGGGCCCCUUUGAACGAUCGCUCGGCUGGUGCCGAGGGCGAUCAGGAUCUUCUGGCUGAUGAGUUGACGGCACUGGCCUCAAUAUUUCAGGAAGAUUUCAACAUUAUCUCUAACUCUCCUCAUACUUAUUUUUCUAUAAAACUAAGGCCUUACUCAAAUGAUAUGGGCUGUGAAGAUCUCCAUGUUUCUGCUCUUCUUUUGGUAAGAUGCUUACUUGGGUAUCCUCACAAGUGCCCAAAGUUGCGGAUAGUACCAGAGAAAGGCCUGUCAAAAGAAGAUGCCGAUAAGCUUCUGCUGUUGCUUCUUGAUCAGGCAAAGGUUAAUGGUCGGGAAGGACGUGUAAUGAUUUUCAAUUUGGUGGAGACAGCUCAAGAGUUUUUAUCUGAAAUUGCCUCAUUCAAUGAAUCACAUGAAUCUGUUCCUUGUAUUGGUUCUAGUCGAAAUGACCACUCUCUUCAAGAGGAACCAGCAUCCCAGAUUGACAUGUGCCGUUAUUCUGAUGGGCCUUCUGUUUGCAGUUCAAUCGAUCUAUAUGGUGACUUGUGUGGUGAUGAUGCACCAUUGGGUGGUCAUGUCACGAAAGCUACAAAUAACAGCUCUAGCAAAGUCAUUGUUACACAAGCUGGAUCAAUGGACAUGGACAAAAAUAAAAACAUCCUUUUGGAAUCUCAUGCCUUAAAGAACGUUGAGAAUGCCACCACAGAUGAUGGUUUGUUAAGAAAUAGGAAAUCUGAAGUGUUGAACAUGAUAAAACAUGGGGUUGAACCACUGGCAGUUGCAAAAUUAAAUGUUCUUGUGGAAGAAACUGAAAAUGACGCGACAAGUUCAUCUUUCAAGGCUUCCUUGAAACCAUUAGAAGAUGUUCUGGAGAGUUAUGAUGGCACACUGCAUGAGGGCAUCAACCUUUUAGAGCAUGGAUGUAAGAAUGAUGUGUCUGAUUCAGAAUGUGAUUAUUUGACUUCGUCAAGCUAUGUUUCAGUUACACAUGAUGAUGAAUCUCGACGCAAGGAAAAAGAUCUUCUUUUGGUACACUUGCUUCGCCUUGCUUGCUCUUCCAAAGGAUCUUUAGCUAAUGCUUUACCGGAGAUAUCGUUGGAGCUGCAGAAUAUAGGGGUGCUUUCUGAAUGGGCCAACGAUUUAAUUGCUGCACCCCUGUCAGUUUUUACUGAAGCAUUUGAUCAUGCCUUUGAACAGCAUAUGGCAUCCUCAAAAUUCUCCGAAUUCUGGAGAACAGGCAAUGGUUCUUCAUCUAAACCAAGUUCUCGUUAUUUGAGUGACUUCCAAGAGGUCCAUUCACUUGGUCAUGGAGGUUUUGGCCAUGUUGCAUUGUGCAAAAAUAAACUAGAUGGUCGCCAAUAUGCACUAAAAAAGAUUCGCCUUAAAGAUAAAAAUCUUCAUGUCAAUGAAAAGAUUAUGAGAGAGGUAGCAACACUCUCAAGAUUGCAGCACCAACAUGUAGUUCGUUACUAUCAGGCAUGGUUUGAGACUGAAUAUGGUAAUAAUAAUGUAGAUAUCACUUGUGGUUCAAGAACUGCUGAGAGCAUCAGCUAUAGCUACAUUGGUACUAGUUCAGCAGAUGCCACUGGUGAAAACAGAAAGGAAUCAACAUAUCUGUAUAUACAAAUGGAGUAUUGUCCUAGGACUUUACGGCAGGUUUUUGAGUCAUACAGUUCCUUCUUCGAUAAGGACUAUGCAUGGCAUUUGUUUCGCCAAGUUGUGGAAGGCCUAGCACAUAUACAUAGUCAGGGAAUAAUUCAUCGUGACUUGACUCCUAGUAACAUAUUCUUUGAUGUUCGUAAUGAUAUUAAAAUUGGAGACUUUGGUCUUGCCAAGUUCUUAAAACUAGAGCAGCUUGAUCAUGAUCAAAAUUUUCCCAUCGAAACAACUGGAGUGUCAAUGGAUGGAACUGGUCAAGUGGGUACUUAUUUUUACACUGCACCUGAAGUUGAGCAGAGCUGGCCACAAAUAAACGAAAAGGUUGACAUGUAUAGCUUAGGAGUUAUAUUCUUUGAGCUAUGGCAUCCUUUUGCAACUGCAAUGGAGAGACACAUUGUUCUUUCAGAUCUUAAGCAAAAGGGUGUGGUUCCACCUUCCUGGGCUGCAAAAUUCCCUAGCCAGGCAACACUAUUGCGGCGGUUAAUGUCUCCAAGCCCAUCAGACCGUCCAUCUGCUAUUGAAGUUCUGCAGCAUGAGUUGCCUCCCAGAUUGGAAGAUGAGUGGCUAAAUGAUAUACUACGAACCAUACAGACAUCAGAAGACACAUAUGUAUAUGAUCGAGUUGUAUCCACUAUUUUUGAUGAGGAAAGACUAAUUACAAAAUAUCAUUACCAGCAAAGUGGCAGUGCAAACAUGACAAGAGAUGACCCUUCUUUUGUGCAGCAUGCACAGUUCGAUACUGGAUUCAAAGAUAUUGUUGUUGCAGUUAGCAAGGAAAUAUUUAAACAGCACUGUGCAAAGAGAUUUGAAAUAUCACCCUUGCGAAUAUUGGAUGGCUGUUAUACGUUCAACAGGAAGACUGUCAAGCUUUUAACUCAAGGAGGAAACAUGCUUGAGCUCUGCCAUGAAUUACGCUUACCAUUUGUGAAUUGGAUUGCUAAAAGUCAGAAAUCGUUUUGCAAAAGGUAUGAAAUUUCUUAUGUUUACAGAAGAGCAAUUGGCCGUUCAACUCCUAGUCGAUUUCUUCAGGGUGAUUUUGACAUUAUUGGUGGUGCCCCAUCACUGACAGAAGCAGAAGUCAUUAAGGUGGCAUUGGAUAUUGUAGCCCGCUUUUUUCCUCCAAAUGCAAUGGAGAUUCAUUUAAAUCAUGGCCAAGUUCUAGAAUCCAUAUGGACUUGGAUAGGAAUACCGGUUGAAUUGCGACAUAAUGUAGCUGAGUUGCUUUCUGUGAUUGGUUCAUCUUGUCCUCAGUCCACUAAUCGUAAAUCAAGUUGGAAAUUUAUCCGGCGACAGCUCCUACAGGACCUUAAUCUUUCUGAAGCACUUGUUGACAGACUACAGAUAACAGAUUUAAGGUUUUGUGGAUCAGCAGAUCAAGCCCUUGCCAGACUGCGGGGAGCUCUUUCUCCAGAUAAACCUACAAGCAAGGCUCUUGAGGAGUUGUCGGCUCUUCUUAGAUACUUGAGGAUAUGGGGUAUUGAACAAAGUAUUUCUAUUGAUGUUCUUAUGCCUCCUACUGAAACAUGUUACCAGAAUCUUUUCUUUCAGAUAUACUUGAAAGAGAGUAUCUCUUCGAGUUCUGAAGCAUUCUUGCUUGCUGUUGGUGGCCGGUAUGAUCAUUUGAUUCAGUGGACAUGGGAUAGUGAAUGUAAAUCCAUCCCUCCAGGCGGUGUUGGAGUUAGCAUUGCAUUGGAGAAGAUUCUUCUUCAUUCUUCAGUAGAUAUCAUGCCUUCCAGAUUUGAAUCCAGUACCCAUGUUCUUGUCUGUUCAAGAGGCGGGGGUGGUCUGCUACCAGAGCGCAUGGAAAUUGUUGCAGAGCUAUGGCAAGCCAACAUAAAGGCUGAGUUUCUUCCCCAGACAGACCCGAGCCUCAAAGAACAGUACGAAUAUGCAAGUGAGCAUGACAUUAAAUGCCUUAUUAUAAUAACUGAAGCUGGUCUAUCACAAGGAAGUCUAGUGAAGGUUCGUCAUCUUGAAUUGAAGAAAGAGAAGGAAGUUAACAGAGAGGAUGUUAUAAAGUUUUUAAUAGAAGCAAUUUCUACACAGUUCAGGAACCUUGCAUUAUGGACUUAAUUAUUUCAUACAUUCAAGUCUUUCACAGCCGCAGCUGAGGAUUGAAGUGUAAAUUACAAUUAGGAAGGCAAUUUUUCCAUCUACUGGAUAUCUCGUUGCUUGUUGACUUGUAGAUGAAGUCCUUUUACGCCAAAUGCAGCAGCAGCAGCAGCUAUGGUUCUAUUCUUUCAUUUCUUACAAAUUUUGAACAUUUCAUGUAAAUAUAAAACAGUAACUAGCAUUUCCCCUAUUAUAUUGUCUCCUUUUUGUUGUGACAUUUCUUCUGCGUUUAAAAGAUGUAUAGAACUGAUGUUGUUGUAUCAACAAGGACCUGUUUUUAAUAUGCUUCAAAGCUCUAUUACUCUCUA